AUGCAUCCUCAUCUACACACACAGAAUGCCAUGGCAUGCCAGGAGGUCAUCGCCGCUCUCGAAGAAUGCCAUGCAAAGGGUUUCAUGCACAAAGCUGCAGGCGCCUGCAACGAUGCAAAAGACUUGGUAGACAAGUGUCUGCGACAGCAGCGCUCCAAAGUACAAGACGAUAACAGGGCCGCUGCGAGGGCAAAGCGGGAUAGGAUCAAGGAAGAACAGCGGGCGCUUGGUCUCUAA